AUGGGUUCAAACUUUGAGGUGGUGGACAUUUUUACAGUCUCCAAACUGGCAUGUGACCUAUACCAUAACUGCUCCCUGGCAACCAGAGAUGCUCCCGAUGGUUUCAGGCAGCUUGUCACCGAGCUGGCCUCUUUUCAGGGUGUCCUUCGAGCACUAUGUGAUGAUGUCAACUCGAACACAUCCUUUUUCGAAGAACUCGAGGAGAAUCGGAAGCGUAUUCUGGAGCGAUGCAUGAAUGGCUGUUAUCAAACAUUGCAGCGGCUCAGGGACCUGCUUACCAAGUAUCGAAAUAUGGGCAUUGGUGACGAAAAGCAGUUUUGGCAAAGACUCGAUUCGCGAAGAAAGAAUAGUGAGUCAAUAUCAGAGGCGGAAUCACACAGAACAAACGUCAAGGAUGCUGUUACAAGUGCUAUGCAACAGCUUCACCAGGUUCGAUUACGAGAGCAAUCACUUCGACCUCUGCGAUAUGAACCGCAGGACAGAUUCCACAGGCCUGACGCCGAUCUCCUCAAGAAAUUCGACGAGUCUGCCCAUGAUGAGUUAAGAAUUCGACGUCUAAGCACAGGCGAUUGGCUUCGGGUUGCUGUUUGGUGGUUGCUGAAGGCCCGUUCAACACUCGCCAAUUGUGACAAGGCAAACCUCACCGGCGCACGGGGCAGUAUAAGUCCAUCGAUAGAGUCCAGGACUACAAGUCAACAGGCUUAUAUAGAUAUUUUGAAGGCAUCCUACAUUCUGUACGACAUCGUUCUGAGGGGAAAUGAAAAUUCACAGGCAAUUCUAGCAGAUGAGAACAGGAAACUGAUCGCUGAUUUGUCUGAGGGGAUAAAGGAAGAACUCUCGCAGUUCAGCGCUAUGGAUGUCCCCGAGUACUCAAUUCUCCACUCCCAAAACUUUGAGAUAUGGGAAUCAUUGCAGUCGGAGGAAUCGCUAGAGAAUGGCGGCAAUGCUUUUAUUGGUCUUGGGAACGCCCGUUGGAUUACAGUCGAGCAAGAAGACGCUGGGGACGAAGAAGAAAAGGUGCUGUUUCGGACAUUUGUGAACGCUGGAAUAGGGGGUAAGAAAUUCCGUAUGCGAACAAAAGGUGCCCCGUACAUGCUCCUUUUGUCAACCAGAGAUGGGGAGAGUGAACCGAAAAUUACCAUCUGUAACCAGAGCGGGACUCUCUGCUUACAACGAGAUUUCGUGCCGGAUGACCUGGUACAGCUCAUUGGCAUUUCCCAUGCCUCCCUCAGCGGCGUUCCUGGUGCAAAAAUCUCAGAGCCCGUGUUGCUGAAAUUUGAAUCCAUCAGCGUUUCGAUAUCAUUUCAGUACGGAGCAGAUCUCCUGGAGUUCAUCAAUAUACCCAAAGCGUAUUUCGAUGCAGUAUGGCAGCGGGAGCCGAUGGAUUCAGACCAAUUUUCCGAGAGUGUUUUGUUCAGGGGUUCUGUUGAGAUAUUCGAACAGCUGAAGGCCCCUAGCAUGAAAUCUAUGAAUCCCCGGAUGGUUCACAGAUCCUGCCAAGUUCGCAUACUGGAACGAUCAUUUGGAGAAGCUUGGCGGACUGUUCGACGCAUUGUGAUCAGCUCGUCGGCGGCAGAGAAGAUCCCGAGAAGCAUGGAACUGUUCAUGCCCAUGGCCAAUGUUCAGAUCAAUCGCGAAGAAGCCUCCCGUCAAGUCGUGCUUAAGUGGUCAGACACUUGUCAAGAAAAAACGGACACGGAUGGAAAUUACAACAAACAGUUUUCCUAUGUAUACGAUCACAGCAAUCCCAACAUAGGCAUGAGUCUGCAUUUUCGGAACCAGGCGAAAGCCGAGGAAUUCGAACAGGCAAUUCUGAGCCUGAGUAUCAGGCCAAGUUUUUCAUGGACGCAGGCUAGCAGUUCUGGCUGUGUCUACGACGUGGUAGAUACUGUAUUGGAUCAAAAACAGUACAAGACUAUAUUGCUCCAUCGAAGUCAGUCGUCCUGGAAGUACUGCGAUAUCUUCUAUCUGUACCGUGAUACGAAUUACACGUAUGAACAUUCGGGUUUCCGCGUCCAAUUCCCUCGGAUCUACUACACCGACUAUAUAUCAUCACACGUUGACAAGCUAUAUCGAGCCGACAGUCCUGUGAUCUUCUCCCACUGUGAGAAAAAGGUGGGCAAAAUGACAGUAGAGUUUAGCCACGAACCUAUCCUCCGCGCAUUCAUGAGCGCCCUCGCUACCUCAUAUGAGCUGCUUUUCUCCAGGAACGCUCACUUGGUCGCAGCAAAAGAAAAGACCCUUUUCGUCUCUAAGAAAUGGAAAGGCGGUGCCGAGGUUAAGCUUUGGAGAACCGGAAAUUCCGUUCAGCUUGCGUCUCGAUGGAACGAUCGCGUCACAGACAAAUGGCUUACAAUGUCUAUACCCCCGGGAGCCCUGGAGCCGACCAAGGAUGGCAAUCAGGUUAGCUUUUCUCAUAUGCAGUACUCGCUUGGGACGGUUCUCGAUAUGGCUCACAUUAUCACCAGGAAUCCGACUGAGAAGGGUAAAGCUCGUUUGGAGGGCACCAUUACAAUAACCUUUAUGGCUGUGGGGGAUCGAGAGGAAUUCGUGGCCGCUCUGGAGAGAGAUUAUCAGCAGUUCUUGACUCCCGUGGUCUCGGACGGUGGGUUUGAUGUUGAUGAUGCCGCGUCUGCCGGUAUCAUUCGUUCCAAGAUCACCCGAUCCCACCGUAUCUGGUCCUCUUCGAGAGAUACUACUGCUGGAGCCAGUGAGUCGAAUGGUAGUAGUAGCACGGCCUCACUACGACGGAUGAUCCGUCCCCCCUUGGACAAAGCGCGAUCACUUUUCGUCUUGCCCACCACGACUACAACUGGACAGAAUGUGGUGAUUUCAUACUGGGCCCCGCCAGCCCCGGUGCCGUUGGUAGCAGUGCAACCACUUUCUGCGGUGGAAAUGACGAGACGGAGAAUCGUUCGUGAAGAGUCGGGGUCUUUGUCUGUUGAGAGAAAACAUCGUCGAUGCCACUCGGAGCAACCACGGGCGUGGAGAAAGCCGAGUGCGAGUCUCUGGCCGCUGGAGGAGGAGUGAUUGUCUGGUUUAUUUUUAGUUGACGAGCCACGACGGCAGGUUUUUUGCUUCUAUCCUUGAUUGCGGUCUUUCUUUCUCUUUCUGGGUUGUGAUCUUCGGUUUUUUUUUUUUCUUCUUACUUCUUGUUCUUGCAUACGGGUUAGCAUGUGAAUUCGGAGUUAGAAGCGUGUUUUGAAUAAAAUAGAAAAGGGUAGAUAAGAAUCAACUUCCAGACACUACUAUUUCUAUUCAACGGAGUCUACAGGGGUACUGAAUGUCUGAGCUGCAACGGAAAAGACGUGCCGAUGAUUUUCUGCUUCUUCUUGGCAACGCUGGGGCCAAAGGACCCGUGAUGUAAUGUGGAGAUAAAUUGGCGAAGAGCCUCAAGUCGGACUGCGCUAGAAGUUGCCCGGGGCAAAGUGAGUCAUUUUCAG